GGAAGUCGGCUUGUCCGUCACAGGAAGUGGCCGGGCCGUUCUGUCUGUGCUCCGCGGGCUUCGCCUUCUUGCGCUGCGGGUGGGGCGAGUGAUGGCGCUGGAGACGGUGCCCAAGGAUCUGCGACACCUGCGGGCCUGUCUGCUCUGCUCCCUGGUCAAGACCAUUGACCAGUUUGAGUAUGACGGGUGCGAUAACUGCGACGCCUACCUGCAGAUGAAGGGCAACCGUGAGAUGGUCUAUGACUGCACCAGCUCCUCCUUUGAUGGGAUUAUUGCUAUGAUGAGCCCUGAGGACAGCUGGGUCUCCAAGUGGCAGCGUGUCAGUAAUUUCAAGCCUGGUGUGUAUGCAGUGUCUGUAACUGGUCGUCUGCCCCAAGGGAUUGUGCGGGAGCUGAAGAGCCGAGGUGUGGCCUACAAAUCCCGAGACACAGCCAUAAAAACCUAAGCCGUCAUUGCACCACGUGGAGGAGUCUCCAGCAUCUGGCCAGUGUUCCUUUUCUGCAGAGCAGCUGGGGUACAGAGACUGCUCUAGGAAGCAGCUCUGGUGCUUUUCAGUCCUGGGGGUGGGUGGGAGGGAAGGUGAGCAGGAACUCCUGAUGUGAUGGCGGUGGUAGUGGGGGCUUCUCAAGCAUUAUCUGGAUUCUUAAGGUGCCUCUCUCUUCACCGAGCAGAUGGAGAAUCUUUGAGCCCAGGGGCCAGGGAUGGGGGAAGCAGUGGGUUGGCAGGAACACAUCUGUGUAUGAUGAAGGAUUUCUCUAAGAGCAUUGUACAGACGACCCUCCCCAAUCCCCCCCGCCCCCCCCCCCCGAGUUUUUCAGAAGCAGCAGAUCAGCCAGACGUUGUGUGGGGGAGGGGUCAUGGGAGGGGGAUUGUUUUGUGUAAAUAUUCCCAAUAAAAAUGUGGUCACAGGCA